AUAUCCAUGUACUUGCGAAUGGCAUGAACUAUUGGCAGAAUUAAUAAUGAUGGAAUUUAAAACUCUACCCAAGAAAUUGAUUUUGGUCUUAUCCCUUUUUCUCACCAUAAUUCCCACUUCUCAAUUGCUUCAUUCUCGCAAACUAUCUCCAAUUCCUGCAUUGGCACCGGUGUUGCACAAGGAGACUAGAGAGGAAGAGGCGAUUAGAGUUGAUGGUUCAAUUCCAGUGGCUUGUCACUCAAAAUGCCACCAAUGCAUGCCCUGUAUGCCCAUUCAAGUAUUUAUUGAAGAAGAUUAUAAUGAUGAUGAUGAGAAUGAGCAGUAUUAUCCCCAAGUUUGGAGGUGCAGUUGUGGAGACAAAGUCUUCUCACCUUGACCAUCAUCUAAUUUCCAGCAAGUAAUUCACUAGCUAUCUUACAGAAACAUAUA